GUUGAAUUGUCGUCCUUGUAUUCCCUUCCAGUGUAAUUAUGGUGUUGAUUUAAUGUUAUCUGUUGAUGUUUACUUAGUUCAUUGAACAUGGUUUUAAGAAGCAAAAUACAGUCGCCUUGGUACAGCCAGCUCGCUCACUUUUAUACAGCGUAAUGCACCAGAUGUUCCUGAACACACAUUAACCUCGUCUUCCGCAGAGCAAAUUUUGUUGUUUUCUUGGUGAGAGAGAGAGAGAGCAAACUGUGCACGGGGAGGGAGCCAGGGAGCUACAGGGAACCAGGACGCCGCUGUGUUGUUAUGCCAAAACACUCAGCUGCGGCUUGUCAUACCCAAGUGUGUAUGACAGCCUGUGUGGUGACAUGGUGGUGUCUGUGGCUGACUGUGGCAGGCAUGGAGGUCUGGGGAGGAGGAGAGGAUGGGGAAAGAGGAGGAAGAGAGGAGAGGUCCCUUCAGCAAAUCCCCUUAGGAACCUCAGGAUUUCCCUUACCUGUGGAUAUUGACCCCAUUCCUUCAGGCCCCAGAGAACAGAUCAACCAAGUGACAUCCUUCAUUGAUGGGUCGGUGAUCUACGGGUCCAGCAAGGAGGAGAGUGACGAGCUGCGUGCCUUCUCUGGCGGCCUCCUCCAAGGUGCAGCGCGGCCCGGCAAACACCCAGAUCCUCAUGGCCGACACCAACCAGAUUGACUGCAAGACCUCAGGAAGAUUCAAAGCCAGGUCACGCAAGACUCGGGCAGCAGACGGCCAGCUCAAAGACAUCGAGUCAGGUUCCCCAAACAACGUACUGGAUUUGAUGGAGGUUCUGCCUAACACUGACGUCAGCGAUAUCACGGAAAUUCCU